AUGGAUAUUGAUGAUAUUCUGCGCUCCGUCGACCCCUCGACAGGCGGCAUUCCCCGCGAGACAACCGACCUUCAAAUCCUGACGCGUCUCUGGGUUGCCGAGCGAUCAGCUCCUGAGCUGCUGGCUUGGCCAUCAGAUGGCGUCUUUGAGCGCGUCAACAAUCGCAUCAAGGCCCAGAUUGAAAAAGUAGAAGACAUGACGGGGGACAUGGAUCCCACCACCAACUUCGCCCUCAUCGUCAUCCAGACCGAGCUCGAGCGCUUCAAGUUCCUCGUCCGCAGCUACCUGCGCGCCCGCAUCGCCAAGAUUGACAGGCACACCCUACACUACCUCUCGAGCAGCGAGCUGCGCUCCCGCCUGGCGCCGACGGAGCUCGCGUACGCGACCCGUCAUCAGGCUCUGCUGCACAAUCACUACCUCUCCUCGUUCCUCAACGCGUUCCCGCCACAGCUGCAGAACCUCAACGACACGGCGGGCGGCGUUAGCAUGAUUGACGCGCCGGAUCUCGACACGGCUGUCUUUGUGAGGAUGCUCACGGACAAGGAGGUCUCUGGCCGGGGGAGCGAUCGGGACAACUCGUUGAACGCGGCCGAGGGGGACGUCUUGAUCAUGAGGUGGGAGAGCGCGAGAGACAUGGUUACCCAGGGUGAGGCGGAGUUGGUGUAG